CCACCUGUUUGUCCUUGUUUUUCCCAGGUAAGGUAGAUUAACCAUAGGUCCCUAGUUCAACCAGGGAGUCAGAUGGAUCCUAUAUAUAGGGUCGCUGUAGUAACACAGAAUCACUUCGCUGUUUGAUGUUGAACUGCGAGACAUGAUGAAUCCAAACAUGAAAUUGACACUGAGUCUGUUCGUUGCUUUAUCAGCAGUUAUGGGAAGUUUGGCAAAAAGCAAUCAUGGUCAUUGCCCUCCAUUCUUUGCUCCAUUUCAAGAAAGCUGUUACCGAGCCUUCGGAACCAAGUUAAACUGGCAAGCUGCAGAAAACGCCUGUCACGAUCUCUUUAACGGCGAUACAACGGCUCAUUUAGUAUCCAUCAACAGUGAAGCUGAAAACUUGUUUGUUUACGAACUUUGGAAGUCUGCUACCGGUAAUAUGGUCGCUCAAUAUGACGUCACAUUUUGGAUGGGCCUAACCGAUGCAGAUGUUGAAGGGACCUGGGUGUGGACGGAUGGAAGCGAAGUAUCGUUCACAAAUUGGAAACCAGGGCAGCCUGAUAACAGCAGCGGUGAAGAUUGUGCUCACCAAUCAAAUGGGGACCCCAACUCGAACACCUGGAACGACUGGGGUUGUGAACAAGAGAUAUACUAUGUGUGCGAGAUACCGCAUACAGAUUAGUAACGCAAUGACAAACGAGACGACUCGAACCAAUGAUUAAACCAUCGAGAUAGGCCAACGGCAUUAAGUCCUGGUGUCCAUAAAAUUGCUACUCUGUCGUUACAUAUUUUUCAUUGCAAUCGUUGCACUGGGUUAACUGCCCCAGGCGCAAAGAGGAUGGCUACCGAUUCGACCGACCAAUCAGCGUCGCGAAAGGUCUCCGCGAUAGCGAGUAGCGAUUUUAUGGGAACCAUGCAUUACUGCACCUUAUGAAUGAUUAUGACGAACUGUUUUUUAAUCAUUACCGAUUAAAUUUCAAUUUUUUUAAUAUCAAUAAUUUGAAGAAUAAGAUAAUAAAAAAUUAUCACCAUGACUUACGGGUUUACAUCUAGACUGUAUUAUGCAAUGAGUUAUAAAUAGGGCACUCAGUUACAGUGACUUGUCACACAGCAACUAAGAUAAGAAUGGCAGGCCUAUUAGGCUUUUUGUGAAAUUUCCUAACCACUGUUCCAAUGACAAUCAUCCAGCCCUGGUAGUUAUUACUACAGUAUCACAUUUUAUUUUAUUUCUUACAAAUGACUGCAAUAACUUUUUAUACGAUUUCUGAAUUUCAAUACUACUUGUUUAUGUGGUUGAAAAUAAAUAUAGUAAAAUGGUGUAAGAGAG